CUUUGCAGGAACCCGGGGCCUCAUCAUGGACCCCGAGUGCUCUCGGCUACUCCCGGCUCUCUGUGCCGUUCUGGCAGAUCCCAGGCAACCUGUGGUGGAUGACACCUGUCUGGAGAAGCUGCUGGACUGGUUUAAAACGGUAACUGAAGCAGAGUCCAGUCUCCUGAUGCUACAGGAGAAUCCCUGCCUAGUUGAGCUGCUGUCCCAUGUGCUGAAACUCCAGGACGUGAGUUCCAGGGUCCUCUCCUUUUCACUCCGCCUUGCAGGGAUAUUUGCAGCCCAAGAAAACUGCUUCCAGUAUCUACAGCAGGGGGAGUUGCUGCCAGGACUGUUUGGGGAGGCAGGACCCCUCAGCCGAGCAGCCUGGACUGUCCCCACCGUACGCAGCGGCUGGAUCCAGGGCCUGUGUUCCUUGGCACAGCACCCCAGCGCCCUGCACUUCCUGGCUGACCAUGGUGCCAUUGACACCAUCUUCUCCCUGCAAGGAGAUUCCAGCCUGUUUGUGGCCUCGGCUGCCAGUCAGCUCCUGGUGCACAUUCUGGCCUUGUCAAUGUGCAGUAGAGCCAAGGGGCACUCCGGUCCAGUGGGUGGUGACUGGCCCGCAUGUGCCCAGAAGAUCGUGGGUCACAUUGAAGAGUCCUUGCACUCCGCAACCACCCCACAGGUCACUCAGGCCCUGAAUGUCCUGACCACCACAUUUGGGCGCUGCCAUAGCCCUUGGACAGAAGCCCUCUGGACACGGCUCAAUCCUCUUGUGGCCUGUCUGCUUGAGAGAGACCCCAUCCCAGCUGCACACUCGCUUGUGGAUCUCCUGCUCAGCGUGGUCCGUGCCCCUGUGUUCAGUUCUUCAGACUGCGGCUUGUGGGAGACAGUGGCACGGACUCUGAGCUGCCUGAGCCCCACACAAGCAGGACCUCUGGCUGUAGGGAUCCUGAAACUCCAGCACUGCCCACAGGAACUGAGGGCCCAGGCCUUUGGGGUCCUCCUCCAGCCCCUGGACUGUGUCCUGAAAGCCAUGGCUCAGGCCCCCGGACUUCCAGGCUUGCUGGAUGGGGCUGCAGGUGACUCCAUGAUGGAGGACACACUCUUGUCCUCCAAGUCAGCCUGCGUGGGCCUCCUGUGCCGGACCCUGGCUCACCUGGAGGAGCUGCAGCCGCUGCCCCAGCGCCCCUCGCCCUGGCCCCAGGCACCCCUGCUUGGAGCUGCAGUGACAAUAUUGCGAUUCUGUGAUGGCUCGGCAGUCCCUGCAUCCAGCAUGGGGAACCACCUCUGUGGGACCCUGGCAGGCUGUGUCCGGGUCCAGCGAGCAGCCCUCGACUUCCUGGGGAUGCUGUCUCAGGGGACAAGCCCCCAAGAAUUGGUGACUCAGGUGUUUGCCGUCCUCCUGGAAUACCUCAAGAGCCCUGACUCCAGCCCAACGGUUCUGAAGAAGGCCUUCCAGGCCAUGCUCCGGUGGCUCCUGAGCUCAGCCAAGACCGCCGGCUGCUCUGACCUCAGCCGCCACACCGUUCUGGUCCUCCGCGAGCUGUUUCCAGUGCUGCAGAAACGCUUGUGCAGCCCCUGCUGGGAGGUGAGGGACUCCGCCCUCGAGUUCCUGACCCAUCUGAGCAGAAACUGGGGAGGGCAGGCCGACUUCAGACAUGCCCUCCUCGGUUCAGAGGUGCCCAAACUGGCCUGGCAGCUCCUCCAAGAUCCUGAGGGUUACGUCCGAGCAAGUGCAGUGACCGCCGUGGGGCAGCUCUCUAGCCGGGGCCUGCAUGCCUCCCCCACCAGCCCUGAGCAUCCAGAGGCCCAGCAGGGCCUGCUCUCCGAGUUCCUGCACAUCCUCUCUGAAGACUCAGAGGGCUUCCCUCGGAGGGCUGUCAUGCAGGUCUUCACCGAGUGGCUGAGGGAUGGUCAUGCUGAUGUGGCCCAUGACACUGAGCAGUUUGUGGCCACAGUGCUCCAGGUGAUGAGCCAGGACCUGGACUGGGAGGUCCGGGCCCAGGGCCUGGAGCUGGCACUGGUAUUCUUGGCCCAGAUCCUGGGCCAGCCAGACCCCCACUGUCCCUACGCUGUGGCCCUACCAAAGGCAGCCCCGCCUGGCCUGCUCACUGAGGUGCUGCAGACUCUCUGCCGGGUGCGGCUCUUUGAGUUUGUCUUCCGUGCCUUGUUUGACUGUGACCGACCCGUGGCCCAAAAGUCCUGUGACCUCCUCCUCUUCCUGAGGGACAAAACUGCUCCAUGUAGCCACCCACAGGAAGCUGGGGGCAGCCCUGACUCGGCCUCCAUGGAGGCCACCCUGCAGAGGUGGCGGGCAGGUGAGCAGGGCCAGCCCCUGGGGGACCUGGAGCCCGAGGCAGUGCUGGCCAUCCUGGGGUCAAUAGACCUGGAAGGCCUUCAGGGCAUGUUGGCCAAAAGCAGUGACCACAUGGAGAGGAGCCCCCAGUCUCUCCUGAAGGACAUGCUGGCCACAGUGCAUGUCCUGGAGGAGAAUGAGGCCGACUGUUACUGAAGGAGCCAUGCCCGGCAGCACCCAAGGGAAGAGCAGCAAGAUAAAAGAAAUCCCACAUUUUGAUGUAUUAUUAAAGAAGUUGCUUAUUUUCUACUCAAAAUAAAUGGCAUUGAAGUCUUUAA